AUGUUGCAGCUUGGACCUGCGCAAAUUCACGCGAAAGAGCAUUUCUGCGGUCAUCUUCUUGUGGACAGAUGUGAUCCGCAGGCUUAUGUGUGGUGCAACAACAACUGUCGCCUACACACACACGGCCCAGAUUGCCAUCGCCCUCUUCCCGACGUAAUGGCAGAGAACCCUGGAAUCGAUGGCUAUUGCUAUUUCAAUGCGACUGCUGGCUGGCUUGUGUAUGAGGGGCCAACGAGUGACUUUGAAGCUCAUGCAGCAAGGACCAUUCAGCUGUUCCGGGAUUCGUCAUACAAGGGCCUCAACACAGGAACGAUAACCACUUAUAACAAUUUUGAGGGCUCUGGGAAUCUCACAACCCACGCAGACAGCCUCAACUACUAUUUCGAUGAUCUAUACGGGUAUUCGCUUGGUUUCUUGCAAGGUCAAGGCUUGCAUUCCGGGUGGAUGAGAAAUAGCUCAUUCUGGGUUUCACUGUCCAAGAGAAAAUGUGAUGAGAUUCAAGCAUCGUACCAGUUCUCCAAAGAAGAACUCGUCCUUGCAGACUGGCUUGACAAUUUCGCCGUCAUCUCUAUCAAGACCAUGUGCAGCACCGAUGACUAUCUUUGUCCAGGCAGUCCGAAUCCAGAAGUCAACAGGAUGGCAGGUUGGCGAAACAGGGCUGAUUGUCGUCCUGUUACGCACCGGGAGUUCGCCAAGCACUUUUAUGUGAAGUGUUUGCUCGGCUACCAGAACGCAGCCAACGAAAUGGCUUACCUGCACGCUCGCAUCUCAUCUGAACCCGAAACUGAUUCAUUGCAUACUUUGGAGGUGGGUGAGGCAUUAGUUUCCCAGUAUUCUGAUGUGUUGCAUGUUGAUGACGGCCAGCGAAUUGAACUGGCAGGUGUGCUUUUCGAAGACAUGGUCUUUUCUGGGAACACGGCCCUGAGGGUGGAUAGCUUCCGGGCUUACUUGUAUUGGUAUGGAUGCCGGACAUACCGGCUCUACACUCUUUUUGUUUUCAGCAUGCUGUGGAUGAUGAAAGUGGGCCAUUGCAAAGCCCACUUCCUGUGCCUUACCACUGUGCAACAUUGGUGUGGGAUGAAUUGCUUCGCCCCUGAUCCAUUCUGGACGUCAUCCGUGUUGUUUGCGGUUUGGUUGUUUCACCCGCCGCUGGAUAUCAUCUUGCGCGCGGCUGGAUGCGAGGUCUUGGUGUGUGGGAUCAUCUGGGUUUUGCUGUUAUGCAGAACUGCACUCAUCUAUGCUGUUGCUCCCACUACAUGGUGGUGGCCGACCUACAUAUCUGCAUUCACCUGGUAUGGGGACUUUGCCAUGGGAGUAGCAGCAGCCAGGUGCAAGAACUUGCUUGCUGAUGAGACCACCUGGCACCUCCGUUUUGCAGCAGAUUCGGUUUUCAUUGCAAUCGGAUUACUUCUUCAGCUUGACAUCGAGCAGGCACCGUUGAGUUCGUGGAUUCGUGUGGACUCAACAUGGGGAGAUGAUGUUUGGCAUGCUUGGACAGUGUUGGCUCAUCUCUUUGCUCCACUCUUCGGACUUUGGCUGGCUUUGUCCUCUCGAAACCCCGGUAUCAUUGGUCGAGCGCUGUCGCAUCAAGUUCUUGUUGAGUUUGGAAGCGUCUCCAUGCAGAUUUACCUUCUGCACUGGCCCAGCAUCAUCACAUUUGCAGCCUAUGUCCUAGGCCACACGGAGAUCAUACAUGAAGAGCUACAGGUUGUGCCGAAAAUGCGGUCAGAAGCUUACGUGCUACUUCUGGCAUUCGUACUAUUCUUCUGUAGCGGAUUUGCGUGGUACGUGGAGCCGCUAAUUCAAAAGCUCUGGAGCACCGCUCUCCAACUAGGUUCCGUAAACCUUGCUCAGAAGAGCAGGAAUGCAUAG